CUCUUUCAGACGCCUUCGUGGUUUAGUGGCGGGAUGAAGUGCGGGAACAGCGAGAGCGCUGGCAGCUCUGGGGAGCGGCAAGAGAUAAUUGAGACUGAAGGGGAAUUUGUUAAAGUCAGGAAGAAAGCUCUGGAAAGGCUGACAACUGAGGUGAUGCAGUUACAUGACAUUUUGCCCCGAGUUCUGACUGCUGAUAUCUUGGAGAACAUGCAGAAGUUGGAUGUGGUUGAAGCAUUAGUAGAAAAGAAAGAACAUGAACUGGAACAAUUGAGAAUGGAUUGUGAACACUUUAAAGCCCGCCUGGAAACGGCCCAAGCAGAUUGUAUGAAAGAAAGAAAGGAAAAAUUAACUGUUCGACAGCAGUUGAAGGAAGCAAAGCAGCAAUUAUUGCAGCAAGCCGAAUAUUGUACAGAGAUGGGAGCUUCAGUAUGCACAUUGUUAUGGAGUGUUUCAAGUAAUGAAGAAGCAGUUAAAAGUAUACUAGUAAGUAGUAAAGCUGAAACGUUUUUUAGCCUUGCUGGACAAACAAUGGAGAGUUUUGUGAGAUCACUUGGUGAAGAUACCAAACAGCAAGAUGCAGAUUCAGAUGAAAGUCAGUUUGUGUUAGCUUUAGCAGGGAUUAUUACAAACAUUGCUGCUUUAGUGUGUGGUCGUGAAUUUCUGGUUAAUUCAAAUAAAGUGUUGUUGGACACAAUGAUGCAACUUCUAGGAGACUUGAAGCCGGGAUGCUGCACCAAACUGAAAGUGUUGAUGAUGAUGUCCUUAUAUAAUGUAAGUAUCAACGUGAAAGGCUUGAAGUACAUCAGUGAAAAUCCAGGGUUCUUUCCAUUACUCUGGUGGCUCCUGAAUGAUCCAGAUCCAGAAGUAUGUCUUCAUGUACUACGGCUUCUCCAGUCUGUGAUCUUGGAGCCAGAGAUUUUAGCCAAAUCAGCUGGCGAGAUACGUGACACUAUGCCGCUAUCUCGUAUUCUUAUGCUAUCUAAGUGUCGUAAUGGAAAUCUUCAAGUGCUAGCCCAAGAACUGCUUGAGGACAUUAAAGUAUUAGAAUAUGAAAUAUAAAAGUGUAUGCUAUUAUUUAAAUUUUCAAGAUUCCCCCCCACUCCCGGUUUUGUGGUUGUCUAUAAAACAUCCUUGUUCAUUUUAACACUGAGAAAUAAUAUGCAUUUGAAAAAAUCUAGUUUUUCCAUGUGCACCUAGCCAGUAUUCCUCGGUAAGAAAAACUAAUUUAAUAACAGCUAUAAGUGGCAUGCAUCAGGUUUUCUAGGGGUAACCACAUGAUAACAACUCACCUAUUGACAUUACCCAAAGACUGGUGUUAUACUUUUGCCAAAGAUAGGCAAAGAAAUUAAUAAUAAAGAAUUCUAGUGGAUAUAUUCAGUUUCUGCUCCAUAUCAACAACUUGUGAUGGGCAAAAUCAAGUACCUCUUCUUUGAAGUUAUGCCUUAGCCACACCAUCUUUCUUCCUAUUCCAGUGAUAUUAAUUUGAGAAUAGCUUUUAAUUUUCUGUGUUUGAGAGCAAUAGAAAAGUGUUCGUUAUGUACAUCCAGUAAAGGGAGAAGUACUCAACCAAUUUUGUAAAUAUUUUUCAGUCAAACAAGGAAGACAGAUUCCACAAACAUAAAUGGGUUCUUGAGGGUUUUUCAGUGAUAUUUUCCCAUUCUCACUCACUGGAUCAGAGUUCUACAGUUUUACCCCCUACCUCAAUUGGCUCACUUUCAUAACCUUUGCACAGAGAACACCCCACCUUUUUAGGCUGUAAACUCAAUAAUAUUAGAGCCAUGUGGAAAUGCUACCCUUCUCUCUCUAGUUACCAACUAAGGAAUUUGGAUUGUAUUGAUAUGAGUGAUAAUUGUUGAAGAGGCUUACUGAUGGGCAGGAUCCAUCACGACUUUGUGGAGCUACUGCUUGCAGUUGAAAGGACAUCUGGAGAACCAGAGCUAUGGAAACAAUACAUCUUACUCUCACAACAAAGAGAAACCUAUUGGAUGUUCCAAAACCAGACAGCAUUAUGAGGCCCAAUGCUGGCUAUUUUAAGUAGCCUAAUAGAGUACCAUAUUGUGUAUUGAUCCUGUAUAGAAAUGCCAUUACCUUCUCUGCAUAUCAGUUACUUGGAGAAUUAUCAAGCUGUUCCAUACAUCUUUAAAUGUUGGUGGAUAAUUAAGGGCAUGUGAUCUGUGUUUUGUGCAGAAGGCAAGUCUGGAUGGGUACUGAGGUCCUUUCUAUUCUAGCAUUUUAUCAAUAGUUACAGGAGUCAAAACUCGUUAAGAGCAAGAGCAAAUAUUUCCCAUCAGGAAAGGGUUCUCUACACUUUGGAGCCAUUUCUGUUUGUGAACCAUAAUGCAGUGAGCUGCUUGGAAAAUUAUUCGACAUAUUGUACAAAAUAGGCUAUUGAUCACUAUUUUGCAGGGUUCUGUCAUCUGAUUCCAGGGAUGUAUGAGUUGGAUUGUCAAAAACUUCAUUGGUGCAGCAGCCUUAAAUUUCUUGUUGUUCAACUACUUGAUAAUGCAAACUAUGCAAUUGCUGCAGGCAUCCCGCUUUGAAUCAGUUUGCCACAAACCAGGUGUUAGACCAGGGACCAAGGAAUGGCACCUUGCAUACACCAUCUCCUAAUUGCACAACUUGGCUUAUUCAUGAUGUAUGAUUGCAGGUACCCUGGUUUGUAAUCUCAGGUAGUGGGAGAGAAGAUAUAACUUCAGUUAUAUCUUGAAUUUUUGCUGCAAGGUUAGUUUUUAAUCACAAUUCUCUAUUCAUGAAAGAGAAAGAGGAGGACUGCAAGGAGAAACCCCGCCAUAAUCUAGGCCUUGGCCAUUUUUAUUUAUCUGUGGUUAAAUGAGGUGACUGAGUAAUAAGCUGUCCCAUGGCUGUCCUAGUUGAUACGCAUUCCUAUCAUAGGAACGUGACCGCAAACAAGCACUGUUUAUUUGUAACUCUGGGGAGAAUGUAUGAAGAGGGAGAAGGACUGUACCACUGGCCUUUUCUCAGUUUUAUGCAAGUUUCAUUUAACUUGUGAAUAAGAUUUUACAUGUGCAGGCCAAAGAUACACAAUUGGAACUCUGCAUUUCCCAAUAGUUGUUUAUACAAAGCUGACAUUUUGUACACAUAGAGGCUCUUGUUCUCUUAUUUUGUUCAUGCAUAGGCUCUUGUUCACCUUGCUUUGCCUUCAGGGCUUCUGUGGGCUUCAAACAAGAUAAUGUCCAAAUGACAUCUGUGUCCAUUUAUCAUGAUGCAAUGUCAAUUGCAGUCUCUUGCCUCUAGAUAUUCCUAAUAUAAAGUUGCAUGUGACCCCAUUACAAGUUUAAUGUUAGUAUCGCAUAUGCCAUGUUUUCACCUUGUGUCUGGAAUUCUGGAUGCUGGAAAUAAAGUAACAGUAGUGAUGUUCAA